AUAGGUUAAGCGUUGUCCAACUGGAUUAAUACUUCAUGUUGUUUUACGUUGCAUCAUUGCGUGUUUACAGUUGACAUCAUAACGAAACGAUUAACGUUUCGCUUUACGAUAAUAGCGAUAUUCAAGCCAAGUGAAGAGUAUAAAUCAUCAAAAGAAAACAAGAAUACCCCUAUGGGUGCAGCAGAGUCGACAAAUGACGAGCCAGCAGUCAAACAAAAUCUCUCCGAUGAUAAAAUAAAGGAGAUGAAUGAAAAGACACAAACCUACCCAAGUGAAUGCCCCAUGCAUCAAAAUAGUAGUGUCAGCCGCACUGAAUGUCCAAUAAGUAGCAACGGUGAAGCUAUCAAUCCAGCAAAUAUGAUGCCACCUGCCAACCAAACAUCUGCUCCAGACCAACCAUUCCCACUGUCUACUGAAAGAGAACUUUCAACCAUUCCUAAGGCAGAUGAAGAUGCAGUCUGGGUGUAUCCCUCACCACAGAUGUUCUGGAAUGCUAUGUUAAGGAAAGGCUGGCAAUCAAAAGAUGAUCUUUCACAAACGGAUAUGGAUCAUAUCAUUCGUAUUCAUAAUACAAACAAUGAAAGAGCUUGGCAGGAAGUUUUGAGAUGGGAAUCAUUUCAUGCACAUGAAUGCGAUCAGCCAAAGUUGGCUAAAUUUGGCGGAAAAGCUCAAGAAUAUUCCCCUAGAGCAAGAUUCCGUAGCUGGCUUGGCUAUGAACUUCCGUUUGACCGACAUGACUGGAUUGUUGAUCGUUGCGGUAAACGAGUACGCUAUAUAAUCGAUUAUUACGACGUUGGUAAUGAAGAAUCGUACUCCAAAGGAGAAUUUGUACACAUAGACUGCCGGCCUGCUUUGGAUUCGUUUGAGGCGUUUUUUGACAGGACGAGGGUCGCUUUCUUGCGAUUGGCUUGUUAUUUAAAGGAAAAAAAAGCUGCGAGAUCGAAAUCGUUGGAUGAAAGCUCAAAUCAAGUCGAAAACAAAGCUUAGCUUUUUACUGAAUAUUCCCCAGUAAAUUUCUGACCUCGAAAGUCAAAGGUUGAAUUGCUCAAAUAACGACGUGGAUCCCGUGAACUCUUGGAAAAUUUUUGUAACAGGUCUCUCUCUUGAGCUAUAUAUGUAUAAUAUUUAUUACAAAUGAGACAUAUUUUAAAUAAAAGUUAUUUGUUUUA